AUGGAGUCGAUCAAACUACACAACUCGCUCAAGCCCGGCGCUCCGGUGCCCUUUGUCCCCAUCCAGCCUGGCAAGGUGUCGUGGUACGUGUGCGGUCCGACAGUCUACGACAAGAGCCACCUCGGCCAUGCCCGCAACUAUGUCUCGACCGACAUCAUUCGCCGCAUCCUGAUGCACUACUUCGGGUUCGACGUCAAGUUUGUCAUGAACAUGACCGACGUUGACGACAAGAUCAUCAUCAAGGCCCGUCGACAGCGAUUGCUCGAGCUCGAGAAGAACAAGACGUAUUCCGCGGCAGAGCUUCGGGCCCUGGCCCUCUCUGCCUUUCGUGCGUAUGCUGCAAGCAGCCUUCCGCUGCUUGUCGAGGAGGGUGCGGACCUGGACGAGUCCAACUACACGACGCGCCGUGAUGCCGCCUAUGGCAAGGUGCUUUCUGGAGGCACCCUGACCGGAGAGGGCAAGCCUGGCGACCCCGAGGCCAAGGUCAAGAUGCACAUCGGCAACAUGGACGCGGCUGCGGCAGCCAUGAAGCAGGGCGACAUCUUCCCCGGCGCCGACGAAAUCCUCCUCCCGUACCUCGACUCUCUCUACAAGGAGACCAUUGAUACCCGAGACCAGACCAUGUUCACCGAUCUCACCAAGAGUAUGGAGGCUCUGUUCACGGAGGAUAUGGACAACCUCAACGUCCUGAGGCCAGAUGUCAUCACACGGGUCACCGAGUAUGUCCCGCAGAUUGUCAGCUUCGUCGAGCGCGUGGUGCAAAAGGGGUUCGCGUAUGAGGCCGAGGGGUCCGUCUACUUUGACAUUGCAGCGUUCGAAAAGGCAGGCAACACGUAUGCCCGCCUGCGUCCGGAUAGCAGAAACGAUAAGUCUCUCCAGGAGGAAGGCGAAGGCUCCCUUUCCAAGAACCUGGGCGGCAAGAGGGGCGCUGGCGACUUUGCCCUUUGGAAAAAGUCCAAGGCCGGCGAGCCCUUCUGGCCGAGCCCCUGGGGUGACGGCAGGCCUGGCUGGCAUAUUGAGUGCUCCGUCAUGGCCUCUGACGUCCUCGGCUCGCGUAUGGACAUCCACUCUGGUGGCAUCGACCUUGCUUUCCCUCAUCACGAUAACGAGCUGGCUCAGAGUGAGGCGUACUUUUGCGAGCACAGCAAGGGCGAGCACACUUGGGUGAACUACUUCUUGCACAUGGGCCAUCUCUCCAUCUCGGGGUCCAAGAUGUCCAAGUCCCUCAAGAACUUCCAGACCAUCCAGGACGCACUGUCGACCGACUACACGGCGAGGAGUAUGCGCAUCGUCUUCCUCAUGGGCAAGUGGAACGACGGAGUCGAGGUUUCACCCGACAUGCGAGCCCAGGCAGACAACUGGGAGAGCACAGUCAGCAAUUUCUUCACAAACACCAAGUCAUGGUUGGCCGAGGCUGGUGUCACCGAUGGUGUCAAGUCGCUGUCAAUCAGCUCUGAUACUCCGGCCACCGGCCUUCUGGCCGACCUCGAGCAGGCCAAGAAGGAAGUCGAGGCUGCCCUCACCAAUUCUUUUGAUACCCCGCGUGCCAUGCUGGUCAUUCUCAAGCUGGUAAACUCGACCAACGUCUUCCUCAAGGACAACAAGGACGCCAACCUGGCCGAGGUCGAGGCCAUUGCCAGAUGGAUCACCAAGAUGGUGGGAAUCUUUGGCCUGGACGCCCGCGCCAAGGCUCCCUACGACGGGCUCGGCUGGGCCUCGGCUAUCUCGGCGGAUAUGGACCCCAAGACGGCCGUCGGACCGUACGCCGCCGUGGUUGACAAGGUCAAGGCUGAGGUCAGCAAGCUGUCGCUGUCCAGUGAUGCCAUUCCCACCUUGCUGGCCCAAGACCCCAGCAAGGACUUUGAGUCUGUCGCAUCCACGGGUUCCCGUGACAUCGAGAAGCUCGCCCUCCCGUUUCUGCGCACCGUCUCUCAGAUUCGUGACGAGCUCCGACGAAUCGUCUCGGCCCAGACCCCGGAAACCAAGAAGCAGAUUCUUGCCAUCACGGACCGCAUCCGCGACCACGAUCUCACAAACCUCGGCGUGUACCUUGACGACCGGCCUGACAACCAGCCGUCGCUCAUUAAGUUCAUUCCCGCGGCCGAACUCAUCGCUGCCCGCGAGGAAAAGGCAGCUCGCGAGGCCGAAAAGUCCAAGAAGAAGGAGGAAGCCAGGCUGGCUCGUGAAAAGGCCGAGCAAGAGGCCAAGGAGAAGGCAAAGAUUCCGCCAGAGGAGAUGUUCAAGAAGGACGAGCGGUAUAGUGCUUGGGACGAGCAGGGUCUGCCGACCAAAAUGAAGGACGGCAGCGACGUGCCCAAGAGCCAGAUGAAGUCGCUGAAGAAGAUGUGGGAUAAGCAAAAGAAGGUGCACGAGGAUCUCAAGGCCAAGGGGGGCUUGUAG